AUGGAUAAUAUUACUAAUUUUGCAACCUACAGCCUGAUGGAACCACAAGGCUCUAAAUCAUAUAGACAUAUUUAUUUCACAUUCUUUUUCUUUAUUUAUAGUCUAAUAUUGUUUAUGAACAGUUGCCUUUGUGUGGUCAUUGUUUUGGAGAGAUCCCUUCAUCAACCAAUGUACAUUUUUCUGUGCAAUCUGUGUUUAAAUGGAAUGUAUGGAGCCACUGGAUUUUAUCCUAAAUUCCUACAUGAUUUAAUACUGGAUUCAUAUGUGAUUCCUUCUUACAUGUGUGCUUUUCAAUCUUUUGUUAUCUAUAGUUCAAUUAAAUGUGAAUAUUCUACAUUAGCAGCGAUGGCAUAUGACCGACAUGUGGCCAUAUGUCAACCUUUAGACUAUCACUCAAAGAUGAACGCAUAUUCUUGCAUCAUGCUACUUUUAGUUUGUUGGACUGUACCAUUUAUUUCAACACUCAUUGCUCUGCUUCUAUCAAAUAGGUUAGUAUUAUGUAAAAAUCACAUUGAUAAACUGUAUUGUGACAACUGGUCAAUGGUAAAGCUGUCAUGUGAAUCAACUGUCACCAAUAACAUUUAUGGAUUAAUAAGUAUUUCAUUUAAUUUUUGCAUUUUCGCUGUAAUUAUUGUAUCCUAUGUAAAGCUUGCUAUUGCAUGUAAAGCAUCAUUAGAGUGCAGAAGAAAAUUUUGGCAGACAUGUGUGCCUCAUGUAAUUUCAUUAUUUAAUUUCAGCGUUGCAAUGCUUUUUGAUACAAUGUACAACAGGUACGGCUCAAGCGAUUUCCCAGAUGAUCUGCGUAAUUUUUUGGCUUUAGAAAUAAUUAUUGUGCCCCCUCUUUUAAAUCCUGUAAUCUAUGGCUUAAACUUGAAAGAAGUCCGCAACAGAGUCUUGAAAGCAUGUAUAAAUAUCUUGAAAAAAACAUAA